AUGUCUGCAACUGUAGUACUAAGCGCACGACUGGCAGAAGAAAAAUUGGAAGCUUUUCUCAAAGAAGUCCAAGAAAUGGAUCUUACGCUUUUGGAGCAAAUGUUAACCGAGCAAAUGUUAACCUGUCAACAAGAUUCAUUGAAAAAAAAAAUAAUGCGUCUCAAGUUGCAUAUUGACACAUUUGAGACUAACUGGAUCCAAUACAUACAGGGAGGUGCCUUAUUGGCUGUUAGAGGUUAUGAUAUAACCUCAGAAAAUUACGAUGUGAUACGAAAAGUCCUUAUUGAAAAAUUUGGGCAAUCACAUAUCAUUAAAAAGUCGCUCUACAAUGAGUCAUAUUCCGUCAAGAAGAAUGAUCGACAAUGGAAGAUAACAGUUGAAGCUACUGAAAGAAUACUUCGACAACUUGAAGCAAUGGAUGAAAAUCUCGAACAAUCCAGUACUGGAAUUACUACUGAAAAUAAACUGCUUGCCUGGUUUCUGGACAGAGUGUAA